AUGGCUCAGGAAGAAACCCAGAAUUUGUCGUUGUUGGACGCCAGUAUUUCCGAGCUCCAAGCCGCUCUUUGUUCAGGAUCGCUCUCUAGCGUGGGCUUGGUCUCCAGAUACCUACGACGAAUCAGCAUCUACGACGCAAAUGGUCCAAAACUAUCCGCCAUACCAAUCAUCAACCCCUGCGCCCUCGAUGAGGCAGCCGCCUCCGAUGCCCGGCGUGCAGCCGGUCUACCGCCUCGUCCAUUGGAAGGUAUCCCCUACCUAGCAAAAGAUAGCAUCAAAGUCAAGGGCAUGAUCGUUGCGAGCGGAUCGCCUGCAUUUGAAACACUUAUCGCCAACGAAGAUGCUGCGUGCGUCCAACUACUCCGCGAGGCCGGCGCCGUGCUUCUGGGCCGCACGAACAUGCCCGCCAUGGCGUACGGCGGCAUGCAGCGGGGAUGCUAUGGGCGGGCUGAAAGCCCGUAUAACAGUGCAUUUCUAGCUGCAGCGUACGCGUCCGGAUCAUCGAAUGGAUCGGCCGUCGCGACGACUGCCAACUUCUGUGCUUUUUCUCUGGGCAGCGAGACUGUUUCUUCGGGUCGCUCGCCGGCAUCCAAUAAUGCCAUUGUUGCAUACACGCCUUCCAAGGGUCUUCUACCCCUUCGUGGUGUCUGGCCACUCUAUUUGACCUGUGAUGUUUUAGUACCACAUACCAGGACUAUGGCGGACAUGUUCCAUGUUCUCGAUGUCUUGGCCGUUUCGGAUAAAACUCCAACAGGAGAUUUCUACCAGGAACAGAAACUUGUAUCCUUGCCUUCGGUCAAUGCACUCCGACCGCAGUCUUUUUGUCACUACAAGAUGGUACAUCAUUACGUGGGAAGCGCAUCGGGCAGAGUCAACACCCGACCCUCCGUAAUCAAGCUCUGGCAGCGUGCCAGAAAAGUCCUUGAAUCCUGCGGCGCGGAAGUAAUCGAAACCGACUUCCCGCUCGUGACAACCUACGAAUCGAACACAGACAAGGGACAGCUCGUUACCGUCGCAGGGCUCCCAGAAGGCUGGUCUGCACUGGAGCGAUGCGAGCUGGUCGCGCACAUCUGGGAUGAUUUCUUAGUCAACAACGGCCAAGAAGGUCUUAACACUCUUUCUCAAGUUGACCCAACUACUAUCUUCCCACUCGCUCCAGGGUCAUUAAAGGGCGCGCCUGAUGCAGCUAAUGCGCUGCGGUGGGACGAGAUGGUCCAAUAUCCGCACCGGAGAGCUGCGUCUAUCUUUGACGUUCCGGGUAUUCAACGGGGAAUUCAAGCUCUUGAGAAUGCGCGAAAGGAGACCCUUGAGGACUGGAUGGAUGGCCUUGGGCUUGACGCUGUGGUCUUUCCGGCUAACGGUGAUAUCGGAGCUGCUAACGCGGACUGCGAUGAGACAGCUUCGCGCUUUGCGUGGAGUAAUGGCGUCAAGUACUCGAAUGGUAACAGACCCAUUCGUCAUCUUGGUGUGCCGACUAUUUCUGUGCCCAUGGGUAUCAUGGAAGAUACUGGGGUUCCGGUAAAUCUUACUUUCGCUGGUAAGGCGUAUGAUGAUAACAGUCUGCUAAAGUAUGGCUUUGCCUUUGAGGAGGCGAUGAAGGGUCGUGUUAAGCCACCACUUGUGCCCGCUCUUGACUCUGAUCAUAUCACAGUCGACAAACAUGUUCGAUCAUGGACUUCUCGAUCGACUGUUGAAUUGGUGGUGGAAGCUCAAGUGAAGGGAACUCGAGGCUCCAACUUCGUGCUUCAGGUUCGGGGAUCGGUCGUACCCAAAGAUGCCCAAUUGGAGACUUUGGAAUGCUAUAUUAACGGUCAGCCCUUCCAGCCGAUCAUAGCGGGGAAUAGGUGGACCAUCGUUGCUUCAUAUCCCGUAUCAGACCGUGAUCAAAGCUGGGAGAGAUGGUCCAGUCCUGCCUUAAAACAGACUAUCGUGAUUAUCACAGCUCAUACAAAAGCCGGCUCAACAGCAGGAAAGAUGAUCCUGCUUUAA